GAAAAUUCUAAUUUAUUUUAUUUCUAGGUAGUCUCAUCUUUUCUGUGCAUUUCACCACCUGUAGUCUUUACCAGCCAGUAGUUUAAUCACUUAGUAAUAGAGAAGAAUCAUUAACCAGAAGAAAAUGUCCAAUCUAAAAAUGAAAGAGGCAGCCCUGAUCUAUCUUGACAGAAGUGGAGGCCUCCAAAAGUUUAUAGAUGAUUGCAGGUCCUACAAUGAUUCAAAACAAAGUUAUGCUGUGUAUCGAUUCAAUAUUUUAAUAAAUCCCUCUGAUAUUACUGAAUUGGAUGCUGAACUAGGAAAUCACAUUUUACACCAGCCUUUAAAAGCUGCUCAAGUUUUUCAAUCAGUCUGUUUUACUGCUGUUAAGACUCUCUCAUUAAUUGGACAAUUACAGACUGAAACUCAAAUUAAUAUAGUGCUGAAGUUAACACAUUUACCACAACUGCGAAGUUAUAGUCUUGAUCUUUGUGAGUUUCCACUUGAUUAUGCAUCUCAAAGAUUUUAUAUGAUGCAAGGAAUUGUAAUUUCAAUGACAACUGUAACCAAGUAUACACAAGGUGCAAGAUUUCUUUGUUCGGAUGGAGCAUGCCCUCUUUCAAAAGGAUUUCAGUAUAUAAGAGUGCAUGUGCCUGGUGCUACAGAAUCUGCAACAGUAAGAAAUGACUUUUUGUGUAAUCUAUGUUCAUCUUCGCUUCAAGAAGACAGAAAAUUUAGAGUACUUGGUGAUAAACAGAUAGUUGAAUUAAUCACAGCAAAGGCACUUCAGGCUUUUAAAGGAUAUUCUAACAACCAGCCAUUUAGGUUUCAAUCUCUUACAAUUUUUCUAAGAGAUGAAUCAGUGGGUAAAAUGAAUAUAGGAAGUGAGUAUAAAAUUAUUGGAAUUCCAACCUGUGUAAAAACUUCACAAACUGCUGUCUGUAUAGAGGCAAACAGUAUCAUUUUUUGCAAUCCAAAAGUUCCCUCAGGAAUUAGCAACAAUUUCAAGGAUCUUCUCUCUUUGACGUCCAACUCAUGCUGGAAAUUUACAGCAAUACUUGCCAAUAUCUUUGCAUCACAAAUUGUUCCUCCUGGGACUUAUAAUUUGCUCAAGCUCUGUUUACUGAUGAGUCUGGUACAAACAUGUGACCGUAACAAGGAACUGAAAGAUUGCCUGGAUAUUUUAAUUAUAACAAGUGAUACUCUACUUAUAGACAGGCUUUUGAAUUUUAGUAUAAACCUUGUGCCCCGUGGUAUACGUAAUCCAGUCUCUACUGAAAUUUUUCCUACUCUAACCAGGAAUAAAUAUGGAACUGGAGCAGUUAGCAUUCAAGCUGGCAGUGCUUUGCUAGCUAAAGGUGGUAUCUGCUUUAUAGGAGACUUGGCUUCACACAAAAAAGAUAAACUAGAACAGCUUCAAUCAGUUUUGGAAAGCAGAAGCAUCACAGUAUACAUCCCAGGAAAGAAGUUUGGGAAUGAUGUUAAUCAACACAUGACUUUUCCAGUUCAGUGCAGUUUUUGGUCUUUUGUUGAUAUGGAUUCAUCUUCAAGGAAAAAUAUGCAGAAAACCAACACUCUAAUUGGUCAGAUGGAUUGCAGUUUGAUUCCAGCUAAUCUUCUAGAGACAUUUGGAUUAUUGAUUAAUUGCAAUGAAUCAUCUUCUUUCUACCCACUUCUUUCUACUGUGCAACAUACUUUAAAGAAAGCCAUUGAUCCUGAAGGGCAGCUUUAUGUAGCUUCUAAGAACUUCACAACUGAAGAUUUUGAAAAGCUACUGGCUUUUGCAAAGAAUUUGAAUGUAGAAUUCAGUUUGGAGGCAGAAAGAAUGAUUCAUGGCUAUUAUCUAGCAAGUCGAAGAAUCAGAACAGAUUCUAUAAGUGGAUCAAAACUGUCAGCAUCUGCAUUAAAAUAUUUAGUUUCCCUAGCUGAAGCCCAUGCUCGACUGAGCUUAAGGAAUAAAGUGCUUAAAGAAGAUGCACUAAUUGCAGCCUUAUUAUUUGAAACAUCUCUCACACUGAAAUAUGGGGCCACUGUAUUUUGUGUUGCUCCGAGUGCAGUAUUUCCGUUUGAAUUGUAUAAUGAAGAGUAUUUAGAGCAGAGGGAUAUCUAUUUGACUCAAAGCCAACAGCAGCUCCAGCAGUUUAUUGCCACAUAUGGACCUGGGACAGCUAUUUUCACUAGUGAUGAAUAAGCAAUCGGAGGACAUAUUUAAGCAGUGAAAAGGGACUUUGAAGUAAUGCUUCAGGUACUACUAUGUACAGUAAUGCAUUAGAAUGCUAUCUUAAAUGUAUGAAAGAUGGUCUCAAUAUGAAUUUAGAAAUUAAGCAAUGUAAAAAAUGGUCACUUUUAUGUAAUUCCCUCUAUUUGUCACAAGAUGGCAAUACUUUAAAUGAGAAUAUUUACCUACAAAUAAGUUAUUUUAAACCAUUUUUCUUGCACCUGAGAACCUGACAAACGAACUGAGUAAAUAACAGCAAUUUAUAUAAACAGAAGCCUCAAACUGAAGGAUGUUUCAUAUUUUAUUACAUAUCAUUACAUCUAUUAUAAUUUUGGAAGCCCUAAUUAUGAAGUCAGGGAAAGCUUGGGUAUUUCCCAUAUUUUAUAAGCCAAGUUAAAUGAUAAUAAUUUAAGUCAAAUCAAGGAGCAAGAAUUGGCUUUUUAAACCUAACUGGUUAUAAGAAAGUUACCAAAGGCAAAGAAACCAAUUUGCAAAUCCAGUCUGUUUUCGGAGGGAAGAGUUCUAUUCUACUCUGAAUAGUGAGGAAAAUAUACUUAAGUUGUAAAAUCCACAAAUCCUUUUAAUUUUUCAAAGGCUUAAUAGAAAUUCUAAAAUAAAUAACCCUGAUUCUUUAGAAACUGUACCUCAUGGAACUUAACCAUAAAGAUGGACAGGUCUCUCUACAAACCUUUGACAAGUCAUUCAGUAGUGAUAAUUCACUAGUCCCAGAAACCUAAAUUCCAUUUUAAGAAAGUAAAGCUAGUUUUUAAACAAUUUAUAUAUUACAGCUCUGUAAUUCUAGUUAAAACCUUAUCUUGUGGCUUCUUUGUUGCUAUACAGGUUUUGUACUGUUUGACUUGCCAUACUGAAAUUAUAACCUGGAUAAAAGCAAGUAAUUUAUAUAUUGUGACUCAAUAGGGUUGAAAAGUAAGAUUUACCUAAGUCUUCAGUUAGGAAUUCGGUUUUAGAAUUAUUGUAAAUCCUCAAGUCCUGGACAGACUAGACUGUCCAGUCACUAUUUUCCUUAAUGUAACAUACUUGUACAGGCAUCAGGAUUAUUUUUUUCCAGAGCAAUUAAUGUUUUUAAUUUUUUUUCAUUAACAUUUAUUCAUGAGAGAGACAGAGAA